CAAGUUAACAUGGUCAGGCCCUCAGAUGUGGCUGUGCUUUCCUCCGUCGGACUUCACAGGCACAGCACUGAGCUGUCCACAGUGGUAUCAAGACUCAGAGACCUGAUGACCCUGUUCGAUCCUGCACUGAUCAGUCCCCUCUCAGAUGAAACAAGCCUGUUUGGCCCUCAGUCUGAUCAACAAAGCACGAUGGUGGAGCAGGCAAGGGAAGUAUCCCUCUAUCUCCAGAGCACUCAGGCCAUUGAUGUGGAUAGAGACUGGAAGCUGGUGCUUCUCUUUGUACAAGUGGAUCGGCUCUGUGCCUGCAAGCAGCAGCAGGUUCAGUCUGUUAUCCAGGCAGUGGUUGAAGAGGUGGAUGAUGCUCUGCAGUUGCUGCACUCUCAGCUAAAGCGGACCAUCGUCAGCGUUGCAUUGUGGGAUGGAGAGCACGACACUUUCCAGCAGAAGAUGUGCCAAUGCAUGGAAACAAACAGUGAAGCGGAAGUCAGACUUCUGAGGGCCUUGCUGACUCACUCUCUGCAGGAAUCCUUGGACGAGCUCAUGGUAAAGAAACGCUGGUACGGCGACAGAGACGACUUCACUGUCACUCUGCAGGACAAACCUUUCAUCACAGACCUGUCAUCUGUCGCUAGUGGGAAGCCUCUGUCCGAGUCAGAAGCCACAAAGCAAACUGAUAAUCUGAUGGUGCAGAUGUGGACAAACCUGCUGCAGCCCAUAGUCGGCCAAGACAACACAGAGGACAAUGGAAAUACCAUCACAUUGCCGUGUCCAGCUGAGGACCGACCCUUCCUGAGGACGGAGGGAAACUCUCCCGCAUAUCACCACAGCAACGCUUCUCCUCUCUUUCACCCAUUAACAGGAACAGAGAUGCCCUGCGGGGACUUCAGCCCCUCGGCCUCCGCGCCCACCUCAGUCCAUGAACUCAGGCCUGGAGAUAUCAAGGUUGUGGCUGCUGUGGGAGACUCUCUGACAGCAGGGAACGGUAUUGCGUCCAGCCCAAACCAGGUCCUGGACGUCCUGCGUCAGUACAGAGGUUUAUCCUGGAGUGUUGGUGGAGAUGAGAACCUCACCGUGGUCACCAGCCUGCCCAACAUCUUGAAGCAUUUUAAUCCCAACCUGAAGGGGUACUCCGUUGGUAUGGGCAAACAAAACACCCCGCAGGCUUUCCUCAACCAGGCUGUGGCAGGAGCCAAGAGCAAGGACUUACCAUCGCAGGUGCGAGCCCUGGUGGCAAGGAUGAAGAAUGACUCUAGAAUCAAUUUUGAAUCAGACUGGAAGGUGAUCACCGUCUUCAUCGGUGGAAAUGACAUGUGUGACCACUGCUACAACUCUCUGUUCUAUUCUGUAGAGAAUUAUGCUCGUAAUGUUCAGGAAAGCCUGGAUUAUCUACAAAAAGAGGUGCCUCGAGCUCUGGUGAACUUAGUCGAGCCCCUCCAUAUUAUCCCCCUGAGAGAAAUGCACAUUGACACUUCAGUUAAAUGCCCAACUUGGCUGGUGAAGAUUCUGUGUCCUUGUGUUAUCUUGCCAAAGCCCAGCUCUAAAGCUCUUCAAAUGUUAGUUGACCUCAACAGAAGCUAUCAGCGUGUACUCCAUGAGCUUGUGGAGUCGAGCCGCUAUGACACUCGCUCAGACUUCACUGUGGUCAUCCAGCCUUUUUUCAGAGAAGUCAUUGUCCCCAAACUGCCGGAUGGCCGUCCCGAUCGCUCCUUCUUCAGCGCGGACUGCUUCCAUCUCAGCCAAAGGGCCCAGACGCAGAUGGCUCGCUCGCUCUGGAACAACAUGCUGGAACCUCUGGGCAAUAAGACCUCCAAACAGGAUUUUGCUGCAGACAUUAGCCUGAAAUGUCCAACCAAGACUUCGCCAUACAUUCGCACCUAUAACAACAGCAAUUACAAAUAUGCUGGUCCCUCCCUGACCCCUGAACCUGUUACAAACUGGGGAAGUGACUUAUCCUGUGUGGACCUUGUUCCAUCUGACACUGUGCCAACUUCAGUUCACAAGCUGAGACCCGCAGACAUUAUGGUGGUGGCAGCCCUGGGAGACUCUUCAACGGCAGGCACCGGCGCUAAAGCAAAGAAUCUCUUUGACCUCAGUAGAGAAUAUAAAGGAGUAUCGUGGAGCAUCGGAGGGGAUAAGACUCUGGAGACUGUCACAACACUACCAAACAUCUUGAAGAAGUUUAACCCCUCUCUGAAGGGCUUCUCUAGAGGUCAGGGGUCAAGACAGAAGGGCUUCAACAUGGCUGUUCCACAAGCUAAGACCUCAGAGAUUCCAGGACAAGUGCGAGCUCUCAUCAAGGCCAUGAGAGGAAAUAAGGACGUGAAUUUUGAAAAGGACUGGAAACUUGUGACAAUAUUUGUAGGGGAAAAUGAUCUUUGCCAAUACUGCAUAGACCAAAAUAAUCUGUCACCUAAGAAUUACAGUCACAAUCUUAUGGUCAGUUUGGACAUGCUUUACAAAGAGGUCCCGAGGCUGUUGGUCAAUGUUGUGGAGAUUUUGCAGAUAUAUCCACUGAAAGCAGUUAAGAAGAACACACUGGGUUGUUCUUUUCUGCAAAGGAGCAGCUGUCCCUGUGUUAUCAACCCGGAUGAAAACUCCCCAGAGCUUGAAGAGAUAAAACGAAUCAAUCAUGAGUACCAGGCUGAAAUCCAGCAUCUUGUUUCUGGAGAUCGCUAUGACGGAAAAGAAGAUUUUGCUGUUGUCCUUCAACCAUUUCUACAGAAUUACUUUAUCCCUUAUAUUGGAAAGGGCGAGGCUGACCCGAGUUUCUUCUCUGUCGACUGUUUCCACAUCAGCGAGCGAUCUCACUCUGAGAUGGCCAUUGCCCUCUGGAAUAACAUGUUGGAGCCUGUAGGCAGGAAACAGGCCUACAACAAUUUCACAUAUGAUCGCUCCAAGAUUCACUGUCCCUCUGAGGCCAGUCCGUUCAUCUUCACUAAGAUUAACAGCCUCCCAACCCCACCAGUAACCGUCACCACCACUGCUCCGAGCACACACCCCACCACCAGCUCCAGUCUUACACCAACCAUCGCUGUGCCUAAAUGCCCCCCCUCCAUUCCUGUAUGGGUGCCAGUGGUUGUUGGAAACGUCAGUUUACUGGCUGGCAUUGUUGUCGCCUGGCUACUUCUCACCUGCUGUCAACAUCGGAACAACAACCGUAUAUGCCACAGUAUAUAUAAGCCUUAAAAUUGCAUCAAGCAAUUUUUGAACUCUAGAGGGCAGAAAGUUGACUUCAGAAAUAACACCUAGCGGAAACAGCAACAUCGAUAGGCUAUUGCAUUACAGUUGCACUGCAGCCAUGGUUUGGUCCACCAGUUCUUGGCAAAAUUAUCUGGGUCUCUUUGUUUUGCUAGAUGUUUGACUUUCUUCACGAGCUGCUUGUUUACCGUCUGUUGUUUCAAGCUAGCAGACCAGUGAACAGUCAGCAGGUCCUGAUGACGUGGUGGGAGCAGCUGUUCACAGUUUUGUUUGAGAGUUGUCAGUGUGAGCCGCAGGAACUUAGCACUAACAAAAACUAUAUCUAGGACCAAUGAAGCAAAAUUAUAAAACCUACAUAGAGCUGCAGACUGGGAUGUAGAUUUUCAGUUGGACUGGCACUAGUAGCGACCUUUUCACAUUACAGGUACUCAAAUAAUUAAAUGCUAGUUUGAAAAAUAUUGCUUAUUGGUACUGCAAGUAUGUAAAAUAUUUGUA